UUCUAUGCGAACUGGAAGCGUAAGCAAACUACGGACUCAUUUUAAGUUGAAGGGCUCCUCAACCUUGGUUUGAGAUUUCUGGUAAACCUCAAAAUAUCGUCUGAAGAUUGGUGCCUUUCAUGAAAAAACGAUAGAGUUAGGGAUCACUUGUUUUUGGCCGUUUUUAAAGACGAAGUCUGAUCAGGAUUGCCUUGUGGUGUUGACAAUUCCCGAUAUCGGAAUUUCUGGUUUUCCACCAUGAUUUUUUUCAAAAAAUUCGGCAGCUCUUUUUGAGUAAUUCUAUCUACUUUUCCUAGUAGGGUUCUUACAAUUUAUCGAGUUUAUUUGGUUUUCAUCUCUCCUACCCAACCUGACCGUACCACGGGAUUUUGCUCCACCAUAGUGGAACAGAAAAUUUUCGCUCCCCUGCAGGAUGCCGCCUCAAAAGUAUCAUUGUAAUGUAUGUGCACAAGAUAUAACAAGGAUGAUUCACAUUAGAUGCGCGGAAUGUGCCGAUUUUGAUUUGUGCAUUCCCUGCUACACUUCUGGAGCUUCCUUCGGCAACCACCAGCCAAGUCAUCCAUAUCGUAUUAUAGAGACGAAUUCCUAUCCUAUCUUUACAGAAGACUGGGGUGCAGAUGAAGAGCUUUUGCUGAUUGAUGCAUGUGAGACGUUGGGUUUGGGGAACUGGUCAGAUAUCGCCGAAUAUGUAGGAAACGGCCGUACGAAGGAAAAUUGUAGGGAUCAUUAUAUAAACACAUAUGUUGAAACAGAAAACUAUCCCCUUUCCAACAGUGAGUUUAAUGGAUCCAUAGACAGAAUAGCCUUUGCUGAACAAAAGCGGGCUCGCAUACAAAAAUUCGAACCUCCUCCAGCGAUUCCCCCAAAACCGUUAGCAUCAACCCCACAGUGCCAUGAAAUUCAAGGAUACAUGCCUGGUCGCUUGGAAUUUGAUCAAGAGUACAUGAAUGAAGCCGAAGUCUCUGUCAAAGAUAUGAACUUUGAGGAAGAUGCGUCAGAAUCCAAACAACAAGAAGAACAUAUAAAGCUUACUAUGAUGAAUAUUUAUAAUUCUCGUCUAACAAGUCGUGCAAUCAGGAAACAAGUCAUCUUCACUCAUAACUUAUUAGAUUACCGGAGGUUGCAAGCUAAUGAAAAGCGUCUCUCUAAAGAAGAACGUCUGCUACUAAAUAAAACAAAAGUUUUUGCUCGAGUACUUUCAGGAGAGGAUUAUCGAACGUUUUUACAGGGCUUAUUUGAACAAGUUGCUCUUGUAAAACGCAUACAAGAAUUACAGGAAUGGAGGCAGGUUGGACUUACUACCCUUGAGCAAGGACUUCGUUACCAACGCGAUAAAACGCAAAAGAUGUUGAUUAGCAGGGCGACUAGUGGUUUAAUACGCCAAAAUAAACCUAUAACUUCUAUAGACCCACCAAUUCCAUUUCGGAUUCGGGAUAUUCAAAAGUUUGCCAAACAACCUAUUCCUGUUCCCUCAUUUCCUACUUCUGCUGACCGUCAUCUUCUCUCCGACGAGGAGCAUUCAUUAUGUCUGCAAUUGCAAAUUUUCCCAAAACCCUUUUUGGCUUUAAAAUACGCUUUAAUUUCUGCUUCCCUUAUUUCAAAAAAACCUUUCUCUAAAGACGAUGCUAUUCAACUAUUAAAGCACGUCGAUCACACAAAGGUAGAACAAUUAUACGAUUUUUUUAAACGGUUUAAUUGGAUCACUGCACCUUAACUCGAACACAUUCCCCUUCUCUAAUGUUCUAAUUUUCUGUUCGUUCUUUUGAGCAACUAAUCACUUGUUAAACUUCUUUUGGAUGCAAAAACUUCCCAUGUAUAUUUAGUUCUAUAUUCUUCUACGGUCUGUUAAAUAAUUCACUUUCACAAUGCAUAUAGAUUUCAUGCACGAUUAUCUUUCUAAGCGACGUUUGUGUAAGAUCAAUGCUACUUUAAGGUUUCUUCCUUAUAUAAAAAAAAAAUACCAUGUAAUUGCAAGGUACAGAUUUCA